CAUUAUCAUCAUCAUCAUCACCACCAUCAUCAUCAUCAUCAUCAUCAUCAUCACCACCACCACCAUCACAAUGGGUCUUAGAAAGUCACACAAUAGACAAGCUCAAGCAUUAGCUCUCAAGAAAAUCAUCAAAAAAUGCUCAAGUUUCGGCAAAAACAACGAUGACAAGAGCCUCCCAAACGACGUCCCAAAAGGACAUUUCGUGGUAUAUGUGGGCGAAAGGCGAAGCAGAUACAUCGUGCCCAUCUCGAGUUUGGAUCAUCCGACGUUUCAAGAUCUACUGCAAAGAUCCGAGGAAGAAUUCGGAUUCAAUCACGACAUGGGCAUCAUCAUUCCUUGCCAAGAAGUCGAUUUUCUGUCUCUUUUCUCCAUGAGUGGAUGAAGAUUCUCAAUUAGUACCAAAUUUGUCAAGAAAAUUCUUUUUUGUGUCUCUUCUGGUAUUUUUCUCAAGUGGUGUGUGUCUUAUGAACACCCUUUGAAAAAUAUAGUGUCAAUUUUUGUAAAAAAUGGAAACUGUCAUGGGAUUUCAUUCUUCUCUCAUGCACAUGUUAAUGUUAUACACUUAUGUCACAUUGCCCAAUUCAUUCCAAAACACAUCAUAUUGUAUUUUUGG